UUCUCGGACCGACAUACGCUCUAUUUUUCCAACAGCGUGCUUACCAUGGAAAUACAUUCACAUGUGAUUUGUUCCUCUAAACGUACGAAAAAUUUUAAAAUACAGUAUAGUGUAUCCAAAUUUAUUUCCCGACUGGUCUGCUAACAGAACGGAAUAACUCAUAGGCAACUUCAUCGGCAGAAGAUGGUUUUCCAGAUAUCAUAGACAACACGUUCUGGCAAUCAUCUUUAACAGUGGUAUUGAAUUUGGGGAAACUCUUGCCUGAUUUAUGACCAAAUCAGGUAAAUUUUUCUCCUCAAAUGGGAAAUCUCUACUGCAGUUUCUACUUUAGUUAAAGAGUAAAAUAAAUAAUAAUAAUAAUAAUAAUAAUAAGCAGCUUUUGUGAGGAUUUUGAGCAGGUCUUCCUUAGACCAACCAAGUUGACUUUCAAAUAAUGGAUUUCUGGAUAUAUCAAGGGUGGAUCAAGCUUUGGAGCUAAGAAAUGAUCUCCCAUUUUGUGUUUCUGAUUAGCAAACAAUCUGCUUCUCUACAUCUUGCAUUCCAACACUUGCCUUUAAUACUGUCUUUAACAUACUUAGCCUUCUCAGGCUGAUGUACCGGACUUCUUCAAUGAAUCCUUGGAGUUUCUCUAUCUUCACCCUUCUAUACUUGUGCGCUGCUUUUGAAUCCAUAAGCUGUGCAUCCAACAACUCUUCUUCUUCCUUGGAUAAAAUUGUUCUCAACUGCGGAUCUGCUGGGUCCUUUUCAUUUAAUGGAAAAAACUGGACUGGUGAUGUAGGCUCCAGCUUCUUGCCUGCCGAUUAUCAGAGAAGUUCGAUUUCUGUACCAUUAACACUGAUUAAUGGUGAAGUUCCCAAGAUUCCAUACUCUACUGCACGCGUCUCUCGUUUUAAUUUCACCUAUGCUUUUCCUCUUUCCCCUGGUUUCAAAUUCAUCCGCCUUCACUUCUAUCCGGCUUCCUACGCCACCCUAAAAAGCAUCACCGACGCUGAUUUCUCUGUGGUCUCGGGUCGUUACACUCUGCUAAACAAUUUUAGCCCUUCUGUUAUGGCAGAUACUUUGGAAUUAGUUUACUUCACUAAAGAUUUUGUUAUUAACUUGUGGGAGAACCUAUUGAAUAUCACUUUUAUCCCAUCAUCCGGAGCUUAUGCCUUUGUCAAUGGUAUAGAAAUUUACAACUUUCCAGCCAAUUUCUACAAUUAUACUUAUAAUCAGAUAUCUGUUCACCAUGAGCCAGCCUUUGAGAUGCUUCAUAGAGUCAAAGUGGGGCGUCACGACGCUUUUUCUGAUGACCUCUGGGAGUGGCUAGAUGACUCCAGCUAUAUAAUGGGAUCUAUGAGCGGCACUGUCAUUUUUACGGAUGAUGAAAUCACUGGGGAACCUUGGAACAUGGGGGACUACGCCGCUCCCAUAUAUCUAUAUGAUUCAGCCCGGACGAUGGGCAGCGAUGAUGCUAUUAACAUGAGCUACAACCUGACUUGGACAUUUCUUGUAGAUUCUGGUUUCAAAUAUCUUGUUAGGCUUCAUCUUUGUGAGAUUUCACAUGAGGUAACAGGGGUGAAUCAGAGAGUGUUCACUGUUUAUAUUAACAACCAGACGGUAGAGGACAGUUUGGAUGUAAUUGCUUUGGCAGGAGCACCACUUGUGGCAAUUUAUAGAGACUACACCAUUGUGGUUCCAGAAGGGAUAGGAGGGAAGCAGAAACUGUGGCUAGCCCUGCAUCCAAACCCAGAAUCAAGUCCCAAAUUUGAGAAUGCAAUACUAAAUGGAGUUGAGAUCAUGAAACUUAGCGAUGAGAAUAACAAUCUUGCUCCAUAUUUUGAACCAAGAUUCGGAAAAAGAAAGAAGAUUCGAGUCAGUGUCGUCCUUGGAGCCGUUUUAGGUUGCCUUGGUGGAAUCUUUGUAUCUUGUUUGGCUGUAUACCAGUGGACAAAAAGGAAUUCUUCCUGUUUCGAAGUCUCACAACUGCACCCAAUAUCCCGUGACCACAGGAAAUCAAAUAUGCCAGUGCUAAGAUCAUCUUCCCUCUGCCGCGAGUUCACAUUAGCAGACGUCAGGGUGGCCACCAAAAAUUUCAGUGAAGUUCUUGUGAUUGGUGUGGGUGGUUUCGGCAAGGUUUACAAGGGUUCGAUAGACGGCGGAGCUACCCAAGUUGCCAUCAAGCGCAAAAGUCCGGAGUCCCACCAAGGGCUACAGGAGUUUCAAACUGAAAUUGAUUUGCUCUCAACAUUUCGUCACUUGAACCUGGUUUCCUUACUCGGCUUCUGCCAAGAGAACAAUGAAUUCAUUCUAGUCUACGAUUACAUGGCCGGUGGAACUCUCCGUGAUCAUCUCUACAAGAGACGCCAUCCACCAUUAUCAUGGAAUCAAAGGCUCAAGAUUUGCAUUGGUGCUGCUCGAGGAUUACACUAUCUUCAUACCGGCACAAAACAUUCAAUUAUACACCGUGACAUCAAGUCUACCAAUAUAUUGUUGGAUGAGGAUUUGGAGGCCAAGGUCUCGGAUUUCGGACUGUCGAGGUUAGGCCCCACUACAGCAUCAAGCAGUUAUGUAAACACUGACGUUAAGGGUACUCUGGGAUAUCUGGAUCCUGAAUACUAUCGAAGUAGAAAGCUAAGUAGUAAAUCAGAUGUCUACUCUUUUGGCGUGGUGUUGCUUGAAGUGCUAUGUGCAAGACCAGUGGUGGUGGAAGAAGAGGAAUAUAAGGUUAGCUUGGCCGAAUGGGCCUUACGUUGCCAUGGAAGUGGUAACUUUGGUUGUAUCAUCGAUCCACUUCUAAGAGGAAAAAUUGCUCCUCGGUCUCUCAUCACAUUCAUGGAAAUUACGGUAAAGUGCUUGGCUGAUCGACGAACUCAGAGGCCAUCGAUAGGAGAUGUGCUACACAGUCUGGAAUUGUCAUUGCACGUACAAGAGAGCACAGAUGCCACGGUGGAUUUGGAAGAUCAUUACUCACACCGAAUGUAUACAACGGUAAUUUAAAAUGAUGAUGAGACUUGUCUAAAAAUAUAAUAAAUGGAAUUUUAAUUUUUAA